AUUAGAUCAAUGUGAGUGAGGGUAGUGAAUAUUAUGAAUCGGUUGAAAGGAAUAGUCAUACUAAUUUGUGCCAUAUCAGAAGCAAGAACUGAAUACGUUGAAAGCGUCAAAUUCAACACAGGACUUUUGUUCCCUGAUACAACCACCGUCGGGAUACUCGUAGCGCCUGUUGUACCUCUAGACCUAGACCAGCAAAGCGUUUUUCUUUCAUUUGGAUUCGAAGAAUAUUACCUACUUCCUUAUGAAAACUACCAUUGGUUUCCUCCGGAAUCAGAAAGAAGUGACGAUAAUAAAACCAAACGUUCAAAGCCUCAAAUAUGGAACCAACACUUUGCAAAUGCUAUAUACGCAUCGCUAUUAACUCGAAAACGACUUUAUAAUAUAAUAGAAAAGAAACUUAAUAUAUUUGGAAUUGAUGGCAAAGCUUGUUUGCUACGUACUAUAUGCGAAAUGAAUGCUACUCCCAUGGGAGAAAAUAAUGGAGUGUUUGGAGAUAUGCUGCAAAUUAUUUUAGUGCCUACAACAUCGAAUAACGAUGAGUUGGGAGAUGAAUACUACAAAGCUGAAUUCGACGGCCACUCACAAAACUGUGAUUCUUACUGCGAAGAUUGUCCAAUUAAUUUAUUAGACAUAUUUUCAAAAGAAUUUUAUUUGUAAAUAAUUUUAAGAUUCAAAUGAUAUUUUUAGAAGAUUCACAGAUUAAGUCCAUAUAAAAUUUUUGUAUUCUACAUUUUAUAAAUGAAUUUCUUUGCAACACAUGAUUUAAUAAUGAUUUUUCAAAAACUCAAUAAUCACCAGUGCCAUCUAACAAUUCAAAUCGUUGAAAAUAUAUAAAAA